AUGGACCUCGACGCCUCUAGCUCUUCGUCGGCCUCGCCCGACCUCCCUGAGCUGCCUUCCUCACCGCUGUCAGAACUAUCAGUCCUUUCGCGCACGCCGUCAGUAUCGCCGCGCACCUCACUUGCGUACGACAUACGAGGCAUACCGUCACCGCCGUCGUCGACCCUGUGCUCAGGAACUGCCUCCCCAUCCAAGUCGUCCGACGUCGAGGAUCUCUCCAUCAUGGUCAACCCCAACGGAGCUCGCCCUGCGAAGCGUCGCAAGCUCAACACAAAACGUGAUCGCACAACACGUUACAUCAACCUCGAGGAUGCAGCCGCCAACACAGACAAAGAAGAGCUGUCCGCUUCCAUAGCGGAUCUGACCGAUGCGUUGAAGCACAAGAAGAAGAUUGUCGUCAUUGCCGGGGCAGGCAUCUCUGUUUCUUCGGGCAUCCCCGACUUCCGCUCCUCUCGAGGACUCUUCGCCAGCCUCAAGAACCAACACAAGCUCAAAGCAUCGGGCGCGCAGCUUUUUGAUGCGUCAGUGUACAAGAGUGAUGAGAGCACCACGCAUUUCCAUACAAUGGUCCGCGAACUCGCCGCACUUACGGAGUCGGCAGAGUCCAGCGAGUUUCACCACAUGCUUGCCUCGCUUGCGCAUGAAGGACGGCUGCUGCGGCUCUACACCCAGAACAUUGACUGCCUCGACACGAAGCUCGAGCCCCUCGAGACGACAGUGCCGCUCAAUGAGAAAGGGCCGUGGAAGAAGACCGUCCAGCUCCAUGGAGGACUCGGCAAAAUGGUCUGCUCGAAAUGCAGCGAGGUAACAAAUUUUGAUGCAUCCAUCUUCAACGGCCCAGAAGCUCCACUCUGCGGCACGUGUGAGACUCUCGACUUGGUGCGAACAUCACAUGCCGGCAAGCGUAGUCAUGGCAUAGGCAAGAUGAGGCCACGCAUGGUCCUCUACAAUGAACACAACCCCGAUGAGCAAGCCAUUGCCAAUGUUGUGCGCGCCGAUCUCCGGGCACGCCCUGAUGCAGUCAUCGUCGUCGGCACCAGUCUCAAGAUUCCAGGCGUGAAGAACAUGGUCAAAGACAUGUGCGGUGUUGCCAGAAAGCGGAGAGACGGUCUCACUGUCUGGAUUAACCUGGAUGCCGAACCAAGCAGCGGAGAGCUCAAGGGCUGCUGGGAUCUGGUGGUUCGGGGCAAGAGUGACGAUGUCGCCUCGCUUGCUGGGCUUCCGCGCUGGGACCAAACAGUUGACGAGAAAUUGACCGUGGUCGACACUGAGACCAUGGAGAACAGCCUACGCAACGGCAAAUUCAACGUCGAGAUUAGGAGGAGCACGCCUGAAGAGAGUGCCAGCGUCAAGGCUGAAUCUCCCCAGUUACGCGCUGCAGAGCUAGAGUCUAUGUCCAAAUAUGCGGAAGAUAUCAAGGGGAUCCUCACGCCAACAGCUAGUCCCAAGGUCCAGCCUCGCACAGCCCUUCCCAUGGCAAAGCCCAAACUCGGCGCCACUCCAGCUGCGGCGGCAAAGCCAAAGCAAAGCCAACUGCUAUUUGGAACUCCGACUGCCAGGUCGAAGGUAUCCACACCAUCGGCCACAGAGCUCAAGCGGAAAAAGUCAAAGCAGAAUACGAAAAAGGUGGACAAGAAGCCACGUGCCACUGUCACGGACGCUUUCAGGGCUACGAAGGUUACUGCCACGGCCAAUACCAAGCUGCAGGCAAAAUCUAUCCAAGGCGAGACGCCCGGUGGCCUCAAGGCUGCUCUUUCAGAUAUGAAAGUGGAUUUCCAGCUACGCGCGCCUCUCAUUACUCGAGAUGUUCAACCCGGGAAAUACCUAGAGGAAACACCAUACAUUCCCAGCAGCACAUCGAACAUGCAGCAACCAACAACUCCCCCGCAAAAGGGCAAUACCCUGCCUGACGCUGUGUCGCCAAAAUCAGUUCCGCGCGGCAUGGAGCAUUUGAUUCAGAUGUGA